AAAACUUCUGUCUUAAUGCAGACAGUCUACUUUUCUGAGCUUCUCUUAAUGCAAGCUGAGCUUUGUUUAAAUUUUAAUGAGGGAUGUGCAGUCAGUCUUUCCUGUAAGAAAAGGCUGCGCUUCAGGGGAUUAUAAUUAAAACCAAGCAUCAUAUGGUUCAUUUAGAGGAGCUGCGUGUUUUUAUUCCGAGCUCUGAAUUUUCCCACUGAUGGCCAUCAAUACAGAUGCCGAGUUUGAGAGGAGUGCCCUGGGCGAGAGCGGCGGCGGGGGAGGCGGCGGCGGCGGCGGCGCGGCGGAAUUCCGAGACACGCAGAAACUUCUUGGCGUCGUCGUGAGCGACGGGAAAGACGGACUCGGGAGCUGUUCCGACUCACGCCGACCGAGCGUCAAGUCGCUCAAGUCGCUGAAAUCCCUGAGCGCAGAGCAGAACAGCCACAAGUCCACGGGGACCGGAAGCGUGCAGUCGUUGCCGCGCUCUCCCGCACCGGAGCGCACCGAGCCCGAGCCACGCAACUACAUGUGGCUCGCGCUCUUCUCCUGUUUCUGUCCCGCACUGCCGCUCAACGUAAUCGCGCUGUACUUCUCACAUGCGUCCCGCUCCAUGACCCAGGCUAAUGACUAUGAUGGAGCUAGGAGACUGGGCCGGCGUUCGCUGCUCUUCAGUAUCAUGGCCAUUGCUGUGGGUCUGAGUAUAAUCCUUUAUCUAGCAAUCACAGAGAGCUGAUGUGGUGUAAUAUAGAACGUCUUUAUAUCACGGAUGAUCAGUCGGGUGUGGCAUGUCCUUCUGAGGAUGUGAACAGCAUCACUGAGAUCUUAAAGGACUAGAAUAUCUUGCACUACAAUUACAAAGUACAUGUCACGCCUUAUCAUAUCUCAGGCAAUAUGCGAAAUGGUUUGGAUUUCUCGUGCAUGCUCUGUCUCCAUCCUCUGAGAUCGUGGACAACAUCUGCGUGGGGCGUGUCUUAUAUGAAGGGUGCAGCCAAAUAAACUGUCAUGAGCUGAAAUCUGCCAAUAAAGCUUGAAAAGCAGAGCAAAAAAAAAGAUACACAAUAAUUCUAUGGACUAGAAUUAUUUCUAUGAAUUCUAUGGAUUUUCUUAACUGUUUAAAUUUAAAUGCAGGCAUGUUAUUUGUAUUUUAAUCAUCAAAAAUGUUACAUUUGGGGAAAAAAAGGUCAUGUUCUAAAACUGUUGUCUAAAAAUGUUAUACACAGCUGAACAGGUUGGGAAAUACAGGUCAAAAAAAAAAGGGUGAAACCUAAUGUAAUAUUGAAAAGUAUGCAUAAUUACAAUCAUUUAUUUAAUAAUCUAUAGCCAUAUAUAAAUCACAGUCUGCUGCUAUGGUUUAAAUUGGUAUUUGCUUCCUCUGUUUAACACAAUUGCUGGAUUAAGACAUCAUUUCCUUUUUUUUUUUUUUUUUACUCUGACAAGCACAGUGUUUAUGACUAAUCACCAACUGAGCCACAGCUGAGGAUUUUUUUAAUGUAUUUAAUAUGAUUUUAUGGGAAAAUAAUUGAUAGGAAAGUGGCUGGUCCGCAUCCUGUGCCAUUUACGCAAUGCUUCUGUAUAAAAAAAACUGGUCUUGAGUCCUUUGUAGAUUUGUUUCAUUAUAAUAUAUGCAAAUGAGGUGUCAAUAUUGUAUGAAGCAUCACAUUAUAUGAAACACCGGAAAGACAUUUUUGAUUUUCAUGCAUUUUCAAGCACAUUUCUUGCACGUCAUAAAAUAAACAUGCCUGGUUAAUCAAUGUGUGUUUAUUUGAAUUGUGCUUUAAAUAUAUAUUUUUGUUCAUAAAUUUGACCUAA